UGCAAGUAAUAUAAAUAAUGAUAAAGAGAUCUUUCGUAUUGACGCAAGAUCUCUUAUGUUUUUUACCAUUCCAGACAAAGUCAUGAUUGUAGUUUUUUGUUUAAUGACUCGUACUUUGACAUUUUUUAUAAGGAAAACAAAUAUGAAAUUUAAUAUAAAUAUUUUGCCAUGACAUACUCUUUAUGAACACCAGAAACGAUGAUGAAAAUUAAGUUCUCAUAGAAAUUGUCAUCACAAUUUGAUGGAGUAGUGCAAUUGUACAUUCGUUUAUUUAUCAAUGCGAGAAGAAUCAACGACCUAAUUGUCAAUAUUGAGUCAGGAGUAAAAAUAUUUUUUUACUUCGAUUUUGAAUUCAUGCUCAAUCAAGUUGAAUUUGUUUUAAACACAAGUGAACUAACAAAUUUUUUUUAUGAUAGUCAGGUGAAUGUAAAAUGAAGAUUUAAAUAGAAUAAGUACAUUGAGAUGAAAGACAAUAUUUACAAAAUUAAAAUUCAUAUUUUUGAGACUAUUUCUAAUAGAUUAUUAAAAAUAUAUUCUUAUAAAUACAAAUGCACAUAUAUAAAACGCCUUGAGGUAUAUACACAAUACAUACACAAUGUAUUGUGCAUAUCAUUUAGCUAUUAAAACAAUUGUAAUAAUAGUAUUAUUUUUAUAAGUAGUCUAUGACACUGCUUUGAAGGUGAAAUAAAUUGUUUUCCUACUUAAACCGUUUACUGUACUAUUUUGUUACUAUUAAUAUACCUCUAAUUGAUUUCAACCAAUUCCAAUUGUUCAAAUGCACAUAUAGGUUAAGUAGAAAAAUUGGGUCGGGUUAGAUACGAUUCUUGCCUUUUGGAAUUUUUGAGUAUAUCAAAAAGUGCUACACAUACUAUACAAAGGCCAAUCCUUCAUUUUAGGGGUGGGGACAGGCCCAUCUAGGACUCCAAAUCAUUGCAUCAAUGACUUCAACCUGAUGCAAUCUAAUUCGACUCGAUUCCAAGCAUUACAAUCCAACUCGAUACAAUUUAACUCAACGCGAUUCUAUCCGAUACAAAUCCACUUUACACGAUUCGGUUCAAUCGAAUAGACAUAGUAAACAUAUCGAACAGUUUGAAACGCACCCUAAUAGAAUUAUUACGUCACCGCAUGAAGAGGCAAGCGGAGGAAAGGCAAAAACUGUUCAGUAGCGGCGUGGGCUUUGCGCCAAACGUACGUGGUUUGGGUACUGGUGAUGCGUGUUUAACAAAGUAAUAUGCAUAGACUGUGAUGUUCUGUUUUAGCGCUAGAAACAAACGCUACUAAAUAAAGUGCUCGACCGGUAUACGACUUACUUUCAUCCAUGGUACGAUCGCGUGUAAUAGUGUUCCGGGAUUACAAGUUCGGAUGAACAGUUCGAAAACAGAUCUAUCAACUCACCCGGAUAACCUGAAUCUGUGAUUCUCCUGUAUCAUCGGUGUAAACUUUCAAGUGGUUGCUCAAGUACACGUCAAUUAAUCCACUUUUAAGGGGACUCUUAGAUAAGCUACUUUAAAGAUAACUGUACAUAGUGAGAAUCUUUUCUAUUCCCUAAGUGUCUGCAAGAGGAAAAUUUGACAACGGUUUUUUAGUUCGUGCAUAAAGUAUCAGUCAAGAUAGUUAAUGUACCGCAUCACGGAAGAUGGACUCCAGCAACGUGAAAUCGAAACCGAAUCCUCGGGAGAAGGCGAAUCUACUGUCGGUGUUAUUUUGGUGGUGGACGAUAGAUUUAUUCAAGACAGGAUACAAGAAGGUUUUACAGAUCGACGAUUUGUAUAAUCCUCUGAAGAACGAUAGAUCUAACCUGCUCGGUGACAGACUAGAAAAACGAUGGAAUAAUGAAUUGGAAAAUUCGAAAAGAUAUAAACGGAGACCCAGUCUACUCAGAGCUAUUUUUCGCGCCUUUUUGUGGGAAUAUGUAGUGCUUGGCCUAAUGCAAAUACUUAACGAAUUCGUUAUAAGGUUAGGAACCCCGAUACUACUUGGCGGCUUACUACGGUACUUCAGGAAGUCCACAGACGAAACUUACGAGACUGCGCUUUGGUAUGCAGCUGGUAUUUGCAUAGCAACGGCAAUAAAUGUCAUCACGUUGAACCAAGCAAUUUUUGGCGCCUUCCAUGUUGGCGCCAGGAUCAGAGUCGCCACUUGUUCCGUCGUUUAUCGGAAGGCGUUGCGACUGAGUAAAACAGCCUUGGGUGAGACGGCACCAGGGAAGGUGGUCAAUUUAGUGGCCAACGACGUGAACAGAUUUGAUCUUGUUUCCAUUUUUAUUCAUCACAUGUGGUCUGCACCGCUCUCUGCACUGAUCAUAGCGUACUUUCUAUACACUGAGGCAGGAUACGCCGGUCUGAUCGGUAUUGCGGCUGUAUUUGUUGUCGUGCCUAUUCAAUCCUACACAGGAAAGCUGUCCUCCAAGUUCAGAUUACAGACCGCUAUCAAAACCGAUGAAAGAGUUCGAUUGAUGGACGAGAUCAUAUCGGGCGUACAAGUGAUAAAGAUGUAUGCGUGGGAGAAAUCGUUUUGUGCCUUGAUAGAGACUGCUCGCAAGUUAGAACUGCGAGUGGUUAAGAAGAGUAGCUACAUAAGAGGCAUUUAUAUGACGUUCAACUUGUUCACCACUAGAAUGGCUCUUUUCUGCACGCUCAUUAGCAUGCUGCUAUUUGGGAACGAAUUAUCAGCCGAUAAGGUGUUCGUGUUCUCCUCGUAUUUCAACAUACUGGCGCACACCAUGACUGGAAUGUUCGUACGCGGCUUCGCGGAAAUAGCCGAGUGUUUAGUAGCCGUACGAAGAUUACAACACUUCCUGAUGUACGAAGAGUUCCAAGAAAAUACCUUUGCAUUAAAUAAAUUCGCCGCUAGCGUUAACGGUAGCAUUAAUAAUGAUUCUAAACAAGCUUCUAACAAGACUUCCAAGCCUGACAUACCGUACAUAGAUGAGGAAACAAGCACGUACGAGAAUUUGGACGAUUCGGAGAAGAGAAAGCACAAUGGUCUGGUGGUCGUCGCUAGUGAUUUAUUGCAGAAGACAGCUAAUCUCAUGGAAGAGAAAAAGCGUUCCUCCUCUAUUAGGAUAAACGAAGAGCCGUACGCGGUGAAGAUGACCAAUUUCACAGCCAAGUGGGAACCUGGACAAUCAGAAAACACUCUCGAUAAUUUAAAUCUGGAGAUUGAAAAGGGAAAAAUAUACGCUGUAAUCGGUAUGGUCGGGGCUGGAAAGAGCUCAUUCUUGUCCGCGAUUCUUGGAGAAAUAGACGUGGUAGAAGGUCACGUGAAGGUCAACGGAUCGUUGAGUUAUGCAGGACAGGAAGCAUGGGUUUUUGGAUCCACUGUUAGACAGAAUAUACUCUUUGGUCAACCCUAUGACCGUCACCGGUAUCAGAAAGUAGUAAAAGCGUGUUCUUUGCUUAGGGACUUUAAACAGUUUCCACAGAGCGAUCAAACGGUUGUAGGAGAAAGAGGCAGUUCCUUGUCUGGAGGUCAGAAAGCCAGAAUCAAUUUAGCUAGGUCACUUUAUAGACAAGCGGACGUUUAUUUGUUAGAUGAUCCUCUGAGCGCUGUUGAUACACAUGUCAGCAAGCAUUUGUUCGAAGAGUGUAUACAACGAUAUUUAGCUGGGAAGACUAGAAUACUGGCUACUCAUCAAUUACAGUACGUUAAAAAUGUAGAUGCUAUUAUUUUGAUAGAACAGGGGAAGGCUACUGUUUUUUCACAUUAUCAAGACUUACUUAGUCAACGACCAGAGUAUGCUGAAUUGUUGGCAGCCGAGAAUGAGACACACGAUGAUUCUUCUUUGGAAAAGAGUGUCAUGCGAAGACAGUUUUCAUCGUCGAGUACUAGAAGUCGCACGCCAGAUGCCAGUAGCGGGGGAACAGACGACGAAGAGGAAGAUGAAGACGCAGAAAAAUUAAACGACGGUUUAGAAGGAACCUCUCGUGGAACAGUCAAGGGACCAAUAUUCAUAAAGUACUUCCAAACUGGUGCUAAUCUAUGUUUAGCAGUAACACUUCUAUUGUUCUUUAUAUGUACCCAGUUCAUGGCUAGUCUCAACGAUUACUUUGUUCCUAUACUAGUAAGCAAGGAAGAGACACGAACUUACUUACUUCAACAAACUGCCUUAAAUGCUACCAAUGAAACGUCCACAGAAAAUUUAGAUAUUUCUUCCAUGUAUAAUUACAUGUACAUAUACACGGCUAUAGUUGUUGGCCUAUUUUGCAUCGGAAUUACCAGGUCACUGACCUUCUACGAAGUGUGCAUAGUGUGCAGUCAAAAAUUACACGACAUGGCCUUCAGCGCGCUCAUCAGAACAGGCAUGAGGUUCUUCGAUACAAAUCCUAGCGGUCGUAUACUUAAUAGGUUCUCCAAAGAUAUGGGAACCAUCGAUGAACUGUUACCGAAAGCAGUGCUGGACGCUGGACAAAUAUGUAUGAUGAUGUUCGGGUCGUUAGCGGUAUCCUGCAUUGUUAACCCACUUUUCUUAAUUCCUAUUGUGUUCUUGGGUACUGUGUUCUACUGGAUACGAAAGGUGUACUUAAAAACUAGUAAAAAUAUUAAGCGCUUGGAAGGAAUGUCUCGCUCUCCCGUCUUCACUCACUUAAACGCUACCCUAAAUGGACUAACCACUAUCAGAGCCUAUUGUGCACAGGAUAUUCUCAAGAAAGAAUUUGAUAAGCUACAGGAUGUUCAUACUUCCACCGUUUAUAUGUACGUAGUGUCGAGCAGCGGUUUCGGAUUCUCCUUGGACAUCUUCUGCUUUGUCUUCACGUCGCUGGUCACAUUCAGCUUCCUUCUCUUAGAACAAUCAUUUUCCGGCGGUGAAGUAGGUUUGGCCAUCACUCAAGUAAUGGCCAUGACCGGAAUGAUCCAGUGGGGUAUGCGGCAGAACGCCGAAGCUGCGAACCAAAUGAUGGCCGUGGAACGUGUACUCGAAUACACGAACAUCCCGCCAGAACCGAAUUUACGCGACAGAGGGAAAUUUGCGAAGAAAAGUGAAAAGCAGAUAGCGCUGCCAGCUAAUGCUCCCAAAAAUUGGCCCAAGGAUGGAAUGAUCAGAUUCAGAAACGUUUAUAUGCGCUACGCGGAGGAGGAGCUUCCAGUGUUGAAAGGAUUAAAUCUUGUCAUUAAUCCUGGUGAAAAAAUAGGCAUCGUUGGAAGAACGGGUGCUGGGAAGUCGUCCUUAAUCUCGGCGCUGUUCAGACUGGCUAAGGUUGAGGGAGUGAUAGAAAUUGAUGACAUAGAUACCGGGUCUAUCUGUCUUGAAGAUUUACGACGUCACAUAUCCAUCAUUCCUCAAGAUCCUGUCUUAUUCUCGGGUACUUUGAGACGCAACUUAGAUCCUUUUAAUGAAUUCUCUGAUGCAGCCUUAUGGGAGGUGCUCGAAGAGGUGGAGUUAAAAGAUGCUGUUGUCAUCAGUGGUAACGGCUUAGAGAGUCGUGUACUGGAUAGAGGCAGCAACUACAGCGUCGGUCAAAGACAAUUAGUCUGUCUGGCAAGAGCCAUCUUAAGAAAUAAUAAAAUACUCAUGCUGGACGAGGCAACCGCUAACGUGGACCCGCAAACGGAUGCUCUAAUUCAGAAUACCAUCAGAAGGAAGUUCACCAAGUGCACUGUACUUACUAUUGCCCACCGGUUAAACACCAUCAUGGACAGCGACAAAGUUUUAGUUAUGGAUAAGGGCCGCAUGGCGGAAUACGAUCAUCCGCAUAUGUUACUGCAAAAUACUUACAGUCAAUUUACUUCAUUAGUGAAAGAAACCGACCGCGCUAUGUUCGACCAGUUAGUUAGGAUAGCGAAGCAGUCUUACAUUGCUAAACACGGAGAACGAUGAUCGUGCAGGAUGUUCGAAGAGACUUCUCCAUAGCUUGUAUAAUCUAACGAGCACAAUUUUGUACUGAUUCCACUUUUACGAAGUAUUAUUGUAAGUUCCAAAUGCAAAUGAUAUUCGAAGAAUCUUAUUUUUGUACUUUGUACGCGUCAUGGGCGUGUAUUCCAGCAAUAUACAGUGAAAUGAAUUUCUACAGUUGAUCACUGCUGCGCAGUGUAUCUUUCAACCGAGUACUUAUAUUUUUCUAUGCCAGAUGUCUAUAUUUACAAAAUUUUAGAUGUACAGUCUUUUAAAUUUGAAAUCCAGUUGGAACAUUUAUACACUUACAAGAUGCCAAAUAAUUAUGUAUUAUAAGAAACAGUAGGAUAAGAUUUAAGUAAAGAGACAUAAGAUAGGCCAACAUUUUGCCACAGUGAUAAUGAAUUUUAUUGCGAUUUUGUGAGCAAGCGCGUUGAUUUGUACCAACGUUUAUAAUGCUUUACAGGAUUUAUAUUAUAUGUAUAUUACAGAUGUAUUAUGUAACGGUAAAUGUAUUAUAGUUUGGAUAACUAUACAUAUACGAAUAUUUUAUAAUACACGUCGAAAGUCAAUUAGUUUUUUAUGGUGUGCUCGAUAAACCUAUGUAGUAUAGUGUUCCCCUUGAUACAGCGAUGUUGUAAUACUCGCCAAGAAAUCAUAUCUGAAACUGGAAGUCUCGCCAUAUAAAUAAGAUUUACGACCUCGCUCUAUCAGGAACUAUACUUAUGUUAAAGAUAACGUUAAGUAAACAUAUAACGUUAAUUAUAAUUCAGCAUCUUCGGAGAUAACAUUAUAUUGUAUUUUUUUACGACGUCGGUACUUACAAGUUGUGCAAUCAAAGUUAUAAAUUCUCCCAUUUACUAAGAUCAUUUAAAUCUUGAUGGGAACAAAUAUUCGAAUAAACAUUAAUACUUUAUGAAGAUCUCCGUAGGUGUAUAUAUAAAGUUAAAUAUAACUGCCAAAGUAGAUACAUAUUUUAAAUACGCUCUUAGAAGUACAUUUAAUUUGGCGCUGAACAAAAAUGCAUUAGAUAAUUGUAAAUAAAGUUCUACUUUUAUACACACUAGUGAUACAACCACAUAUUGAAUACAUUCCACUCUUUAUACCAGCGAAGGAAAUAAAAACUAAUGUUCGUACUUUAUAUCUUUAAUUGAACUAAAAUUCAAACAGUGUGAUAUAUAUGGUACUCACCGGUUUAAACGCCAUGAAGCACCUCACUUUGUAACACAAAAAUGUAUCUUUUUACAUGAUAUAAAAAGCACUUCAUUAAACGA